AUGCCAGGCCCCAAGUUGCCCCGCGUCGCACCGUCAAUGAUCGCUCACCUUCAGCACGAAGAAGCGGAGGUUGAUUUUGGAAAGGACAUGCUUGAUAAGCUGGGUCCGUUAAUUGUUGACGAGAUGAAGGCGAUUCUGAACAAUAUGGAGACGGUGGCCAUGAUGGGCAACAAAAAGAUUGACCCCAAGCGCAAACGUGCGACAAAGGAGCUCGGCCAAGCGGCAGACGACGGACUGAAGAACGUUAAGGUCGACGAGCACAAAAUGUGCAUUCUAGAGAUAUUACGACUGAUGUAA